UGCCACGCUCUGAGGUACAGGCGGAUUUCCCCAACUCGUCCUGAGCGAGAAAUAAUGUUUCACCUGAGCUUUGCUGAUGUUUAACAGGUUCCGGCGCUUUGUUCUGCAGCUCCUCCGAUUCAUUUCGAGUAAAACUUUUCUUAAGAAAAACAUUUCGGUCUUUGCUCGACUGAUGGCUGCUCUUUUCGGUUUUGUUUUUAAUAGUCGUUUGACCUUUUUUCCGGCAUGUUGUGAUAAAAGUGUACACUAAAUCGUUUCCGUCCUCAGCUCAGUGCAGUGAAGUCUGAACUUAGCUAAGUACUAGCUAAGGGUUUGCUUAUUUUGCCAAAAGAAAAUCACUUUUUAAAUGCACAAAAUGUCCCAGGAUUCUUAUGACAGUUCCCUGAAUAUCAAUCUUCUAAAAGAAUCAGUGCUGAAAAGACUCGGCGAGGCUCUCGAUAAAGCAAACAGCAAGGGAUGGCGCAAACUGGGGGAGACUGUAAACAGUGACCGGCGCUUCAGAGUCAGUUUGGGGGACAUGGAGAUGUGCUCUUUGAAGGUGUUGCAGGUUGAGGGUAGCCCCUCUCGCAGUUUGCUGAGACUCAUUGGAGACCGAGGCUGCACAGUGGGGGACCUGGUGGAUUUUCUAAAAAUGAUGGGACACACUGAAGCCCUUCAGUGUCUUAAAUCAGGAAUUCAAAUCCUGAUCCAGCCUCAGUCCGUGGCUGUGAUAGUUGGACACAGCGUUCGCCUCAGCUGCUAUGCUGCUGCCACUUUGGGGUCAAUCAUGCAGUAUCAGUGGUUCAAGGCAAAAAAAGAGGUUCCUGGUAGCUCCUCUUCAGACCUUGUGCUGAGUCCUGUCCAGCUGCAAGAUGCUGGGUUUUACAUCUGCAGGGUGAAUUGCGGUGACUCCUUCGAGUUUAGCCACUGGGUUCAGGUGGAUGUACUGAAUGUCACACCAGCAUAUGGGUUGAUGUCUAUUCCUUCUGAGGGAAGACUGAGAGUGGUGAUACAGCCCAAGCCUCAGUCUUUGCUAGUGGGAGAUGCUCUGUAUCUGGAAUGUGGAGCUGUGGGAAAACCGCUUCCACAUUACCAGUGGUACAGGAACGGGGCUCCUUUAAAAAAUGUCACCAAGAGGAAACUCAGGAUCCCAUAUUUGAUGUUGGAGCACCAGGGAAGAUAUCGCUGUGAAAUUUCGUGCAACAAUGAGCGGACCUGGAGUAAUGAAGUAGACAUCCUUGUAGUAAAAGGGCCAAGGACAAGCUUCCAGUUUUCAGGGGCUACAGAAUGUUCUGAAGAUGAUUUCAUAGCCAUCGGGCAGUAUAACAGUCUCGAGAAGCCGUACGCCACAGAUAAAGUGGCGUUGUUGAUAGGAAACAUGUCUUAUCAGAACCAUCCUCAGCUGAAGGCACCCAUGGUGGAUGUUUAUGACCUCACCAACCUGCUCCGCCAGCUCAACUUCAAAGUGGUUUCACUGCUGGACCUGACUGAGUCAGAGAUGCGCAAUGCUGUAGAGGAGUUUUUGUCUCUGCUGCACAAAGGCGUUUAUGGCUUGUUGUACUAUGCUGGACACGGUUAUGAGAACUUUGGAAAUAGCUUCAUGGUACCAGUUGAUGCUCCAAAUCCAUAUCGAUCAGCAAACUGCUUAUGUGUGCAAAGCAUACUGAAACUGAUGCAGGAAAAAGAGACUGGUCUCAAUGUCUUCCUUCUUGAUAUGUGCAGAAAAAGAAACCUUCAUGAUAAGGACAUGCCAAAUGUUAUACUCAAGGUCACAGCCAACGUAUUUGGUUAUGCCACCUGUCAAGAUGCAGAAGCUUUUGAGUUAAGCUCCAGCGGGCUCACCAAUGGCGUCUUCAUCAAGUUUCUAAAAGAGCGCCUUCUGGAAGAUGAAAAAAUUACCGUGCUCCUGGACAGCGUAGCAGAAGACAUGGGCCAGUUUGAUCCCACGAAGGGAAAACAGGCUCUUGAGAUCCGCAGCAGCCUGUCAGAGAGACGAUCCUUGACUGAUCCCAUCCUCCCUGGAGAGUGUUCAGAUGUGAUCCAAGCUCACAGCCUCCUUUGGGCAAAAGCACACGAGUUACCAGAAAGCAUGACUCUGGACUUUGAAUGCGGCGUCCAGAUAAAGUUGGGGUUUGCAGCCGAGUUCUCUAAUGUCCUAGUCAUCUAUACCAACAUUGUAAAGAUGCCAGAGGACAUGUCCUCAUGUCAGGCUCACCUCCUCAACCUUUCAGACCUCGACCCUAAGAUGAUGAAUAAGGAGACUCCAGAGGAAACAGGAAGUUACCUGCUCUCUGGAAGUCUUCCCCAGCACUGCCUUUAUACCAGACUUAGUUCCUUACAGAAACUUAAGGAGAAUCUGUUCUUUACUGUCUGCCUGCAAGCUAUAUUUAAAUCUUUAGAUGAGCCGGUACAGUGGACUAAAGAGGUAAACAUCGGCAAGCCCCUAAUAGCAAAGCUGGACCUGCACCGGCCAACCAGGAGAAACAGCUGUCAACAAACAUGUUUAAUGCCCCAUAGCCCAUGCACCAGCCCGAGUGCGAGCCCAGUAGCUGAGCGGCUGCUCAUCCAUGGCAUUCCCUGUAACCACCCACAGUCUAGCAGCCCCUUUCUUCGCGUCUGUGAGCCCUUGCACAGAGCCGCUGGGGCUUAUGCAGACUGUGAGCAUGAUGAUUAUGCAUAUCACUAUGAAGAUAAUUCCUAUUCACCAUAUAUGCUUCAACCCAGUGUGCCCAUUGAAGCUACUGAAGACAUUGAAGAUAUGCAAAAUAGGUUCAUGGACAGCUUACAUGUAUACAACUAGCUUUAAAAUGGGAUAAUUAAUGGAGAAAUAAAAAAAUUCCUUAUGCCUAUUAUAAAACUUGUCGAAGGUGUUCUUCAACAAGUGGAUAUCCCUUUCUGGCCUUGUGAUUUAGUUCAACAGGAUUUAGGUACGAUGAUAAAUAACACUCUUUAUUUACCCGACUAUUUGCUCUCUAAAUAACGCUCACAGAGUUUGGAUGUACCAUUUAGCCCAUUGUCUUGUUUGUAUGGUUGGUUCCAAUUAGCUGUGGUCCAUGUGGAAUGUUGGUUCAGUAUUUUGUUUAACUGGAAUAAGUAUCCAACCUGCCUUUCUCUCUCUCUCUCUCUCUCUCUCUCUCUCUCUCUCUCUCUCUCUCUCUCUCUAUAUAUAUAUAUAUAUACUGUAUGUAAUUGCUUACAGAAUGCAAUGUUUUAUAGAACAUUUUAAAUUAUAUUUGAAUUAGAAUGUGGUUUACAGUUCUUUCUCGUGUAUUUAACAAAAGGACCAUUUGACCAGUCUAAUAUUUAUUUUUAUGCAUGUUUGUGUUGGUUGUGAUAAAGGAAGUAAAAGAUUUGCAAGAUGCCA